CGACGUGUCGGGGAAAGGGAUGCGAUCUGAAAUCUGUUACUGAGCUCAGCCUCGUUUUCGGGGACCAGAGGGAGCUUUCGCAGGCAAAAAUGCAUAUCUUAAAGAACUACGUUUUCCAAAGUAGCUGGGCUGUUAAGUCUGAUUUAAUAGGAAGCAUUAUUCCCAUCUUCACAUCAGGUACCUGCCUGGACAGGCUGCUCCCUGCUCUGGAUGCCGGGCUGUCCCCAUGCACCGCAGUGCCUGGGUCACGUACUCCGUGGGUCAGGCAGGAGGGCUGCCAGCAUUCCAGGUUAGCUGGUUUGUCUGCAGCUGUGCAAUGGAGCCAGGGCACAUUUCCCACUGGGACUGUGACCCACCCGCUGGGAGAUGCAGGAGGAGAUAGGCAGGUGUGGGCAGGGAGAGCCGGGGCUGGCUCCUCUGCUCAGGCAGCCUCUCAGCAUAUGGGGCUUGCAGACUGCCUUGAUGUCUUUGAUUCAGGUCUGCAAGAGGUAAAUAAAAACCCAAACAAAACCGAACUUAGCUAGUGUUUCUGUGGUGACUUGUUAGUUUUUCUGAAGCAGAUCCCGUUAGUGCAGAAACCUGCUGUAAAUCUGGGUGAGUGUCCUGCUCCCAGUGCAUGUAGAUGAUCACUGGACAUUUAAUUAGUCAGCACUGAAAACACAGGCUGCUUAAGAAAAUUAAUUGUUCACGGCUCUCUUUCGUCCAAACCUUGUCAUUUCAAAGUGUUGCUUGGCAAUUCCAAGUGCAGUGAGAGGCAGCCCAUGUGCCUUUGUGCAGGGAAUGUGUAGUUGGCUCACCUUUCCUUUUCCUCUUGGGGGCAAUUUCUUUGCUGUGUGCAUGUUUCUGUUUUCUCUCUUUCCAUCUUCAGGACCACUUGGUGUUUCGUGCACAUCCAAAAGUUCCCUGUGUUCCCAAAGUGCUGAGUGUGCUACACUGGGGUUCAUAUAGUGGCAGCUUUAUUAUUUGAGGAUUGUUUGGCUGAUGGGAUAGGACUGAUGUGAUCACUUACGUUGCAUCCUUUUCCUUUGGACCAAUGGGACAUGAUUUUCCACAAUCUUCACACAGCUCUGUGUUCAGGGACUUGCAUUUCCUCUUUUGCAUGAUGAGCAGUAUCUAAUCCUGGGGCUGAGCUGCUGCAUUUGUAUCUGUCUGUAAUGGACCUAAAGAGCUUGGAGAAAUCAAAGAUAGUGCAACAUUGACCAGAGAUGUGCUUGAGCAGCAUUUUAGCGAUUUGAAAGGGACCCUGAAGAAGCUGCUGGACGAGCGACUGAUGUCCCUGCUGCAGGAAGUGGAUGUCAUAGAGCAGGAGAGCAUCAAGCCCCUGGAUGAGUGCCAGAAGCUGAUAGAGCACGGAGUCAGCACCGCCGAUGAUCUGCUCCGGGAAGGAGAGAGUGCAGUCGAUGGAGAUGUGGGACAACAGAAUGAGAAACUUUGCAACUUUACAAAAAAAGCUUUACAUAUUCAGCUAGAUAGCUUACCAGAAGUGCCCUCCUUGGUUGAUGUGCCUUGUUUAUCUGCCCAGCUGGAUGACUGCCUCCUUACUAUAUUGAAAAAUCAAAUAUUCAGACAUGGAACUGUGGCAUCCCGCCCUCCUGUACAGCUGGAGGAAUUUGUGGAAAAGCCUGGAGGUAUUUUAGUCCGAUGGUGUAAGGUGGAUGAGGAUUUCAUACCCCAGGACUACCGGCUGCAGUACCGCAAGAGCUCUGCCAGCCACUUCGAGGAUGUGUACGUGGGCUCAGAGACAGAGUUCAUGGUGCUGCACAUCGACCCCAACGUGGAUUACCAGUUCCGGGUGUGUGCCCGGGGGGACGGGCGGCAGGAGUGGAGCCCCUGGAGCGUCCCCCAGAGCGGCCGCACCUCGCUGGUGCCCCACGAAUGGACAACUGGUCUGGAGGGUUACAGCCUGAGCAGCCGAAGAAACAUAGCGCUGCGGAAUGAUUCUCAGUCGUGUGGUGUGCUCUACUCCAAAGCUCCCACUUAUUUUUGUGGGCAAACAUUAACAUUCAGAAUUGAGACCGUGGGGCAGCCAGACCGCCGGGACAGCCUGGGGGUGUGCGUGGAGCAGCGGAACGGCGACGACUCCCUGCAGAGGGACAAAGCCGUGUGCAUCAGCACAAAUGGGGCAGUAUUUGUAAAUGGAAAAGAGAUGACAAACCAGUUGCCUGCUGUUACUUCUGGCUCGACUGUGACCUUUGACAUGGAAGUUGUGCAGUUGGGACCCUGCAGCAACGAGGGAGGAAACUUCAAGCUUCGAGUAACCAUCAGCUCUAACAACAGAGAAGUGGUCUUUGACUGGGUACUUGAUCAGUGCUGUGGUUCUUUGUAUUUUGGAUGUUCAUUUUCAUACCCAGGCUGGAAGGUUUUGGUCUUUUAGCAGCGAGUAAAGGGAUUUUUUGUUCUUGCUGUAAAGUGUAAUGUUAAAAGCUGGGUUUCCAGCUGUUUGACAACAAUCUGGUAACAAACCCCUGUCUUUAUAGUACUUGAACUCCACUAUAUUGUACUUCAUACUGGAUUAAUUUAAACAAUAAUUGUGAAACAUUGGAUUUGUUACUCUGGAAAAAGCUAGAAACAAGCAUUUGUGUAGGCAAAUUAAUUUAAGCAGUCCAUCAGCCCUUUCCCCUUUUUCCUCUAGACUUGAUUUUUGUCAGUAUUUCAUUGUACUCGUCUCAGGGUACGCGCAUUGUGUAGAAUUAACUUUGCUUAAAGCUGCUGCUCUGUGAAGCAAGCGUUUUGGGGGUGGUAAUGGACCAAAGUUGUAUUUCUACCACUCAGAGCACAGUAUUUAGAGCAGCCAGGUCCUGCUGUGCUUCCUUGUGCACGAUGCUGCCUUAGGAGUCUGAGUGGGCAGCGGGGCCGCCCUGGCAGCCGCUUCCUCCGCGCACGGUACUGUUCAUCCCUACAGCAGGGACUCUGAGCCAGCCUGCCUGUCACUGUCUCACUUAAGUGCCUUACUUCCAUAGUUCUUGAACUGUUUUCUGUGUUGUCACUUGGAGUAUGUUUUCUAGACUAGCUGCAUGGUGAUGCUUACAUUGCCCAUGCACAACUGCCAGAGCAGGAUUUUAUCCUGAGCCUCUCUGAAUGUCUUCCCUGGUUACAGUUCACACAGAGCCUGUGUCAGAGCAAGUCUGUGAUUUGGUACCUGAGCUCAAGCUGUGCAUUGGCAGCUGUGAUUCCUCAGAACCCUUGCAAUACUCAGAGACAACCUUCUCUUACUCUCUGACGACACAAAUGCUGUUGUGAUGUGCAGAAUUCAUGGCAAUCCCAAAUUCUGCCUGGGGACACGGUGCAUGGCUCAAGCACUGCAGACAGACCAAUGCUGCUGGAGCUCCACCUGGAGUAAGGGAGAUGGGCUUUGGGUGGGCUUCAGGCAGAGCCCAACUGCAGAUUUAAUCUGGGGUAGUCAGAAUUGAAGAGAUGGUGGUAAGAUAAAUAAUAGUGUGAAUUAAAUGACUUGGAAUUCAGAAGUUACAUAAAGUUACACAUUUUUUCUCUAAAGAGCAACUAAGAUGGAUAAGCUCAGUCUCGAAGAGAGCCAAUUCCUGGUUAAAAGAUUGCAAUGCUACUGGAUUUAAAGAAUAUUUAAAAGUAAUACUCACUGAGGGGCAUCUUACCUCAAAUUCAAUUAAAAUUAAAUGUAUUUUAUCGUUAGAAUAGCACUAUUUUUAUAAAGCCUAGACAAUCAUACUGCCUUUCCUUCAGUGGCAAUGUGCUACAUUAGCCCUCUAUGCUACCAUAAUAAGCUUAAAGCAUAAAAGCUUAUUUUACAAUUAAUUAGCAUUGCCCAUACUCACACUGUCAGUACAAAAAGAUCAGCCAUCCUGCCUGAAUUUUUCCCCAAGCAGCUGUAGCAGGGGUACAGGAAUUUCAGACAAGGAGAAUGGCUGUUGGUAUUUAUACUGACCUAUUUACAGGAGGAAAAAAAAGUGUGUGGGUUUAGAUGAGUGCAAAGAACCUGCACAAGGCAGAGUUAGGUUGGAAUUGGCUGGAAGACUGAAGUGCUGCAGGUCACAUUAUCCACUGCUAGCAACAAAGGGCCUGCAGCACUCUUAGUUUUUCAAGCUUCACUAGUUCUGUGUUAGGGAAAAAGAGAAUACUGGCUUAUCCUGUGCUUUCAAUGUUACUUCAGUUCUCCUGUAAAGAGUGUUUUCCAUACUUUUACAAAAAGGUUCAGUAGAUGAAAGUGUCAGUCCUGCUCAGAUAGCAUCUGACUUAAAUCGUGCUCCGUGUAGUAGUGCUGGUGAUUCUACUUAUACACUUCAGGUAUCAGGUACUAGUUGUAACUUAGUACUUUUACCAUAUGGAGACUAAAAUUGUGAAUAUCCACACUUCUGAGGUACCAACGGGUCAGGUACCUUUUCAUUUCCUUUUGGAGGGGCUGGUCAGACUGUAGAUUCUGCAGGAUUUUUACUUACAUAUUAGAAAAUAAAGCUUAAACCUUCAAUUCAGGUA